AUGAAAAUUUUCCGUUUCAAAGCACAAAGUUCCCAAACGUGCCCAUCAUGGACGACUGAUUCUUUGGUUCUUCAGAGGUAUACAGAGGGUUUACGUGCUGGUGAAGUGGUUAAGAUGUCUAGCAUUGCUAUCGCAGUGACCAGGUUUGAAUGCCAACAGAUUCCAGCCUAUCAACUGUUCCACAGUCCACUGAUUCGUGUUUUUAUGUAUAAUAUUACUGAUAGCCUAAUGGCUAAAGACGCCUGGUUUGGCCUAGCGGAGACAUGGUUCGACUGCACGGAUAUACCGAGUUCGAAGAACUUCCUGCUAACGACAUCCACCUCGUCAAACUCCAACUCAAAGAAAACUUCGACGUCAUCAACGGCGCCGACGACUACGUCAAUGAUGACGUCAUCUGACUGCGACCUGAAAACGCCAUUUUCCGAAGAUGGCAGCUACCUGCAGCCUGACUUUGCUGACGUCACGAAUUAUUUGCAGAUCAACAACAACAUCAACAGCAGCAACAACAACAAUACACUACAAUCACUACAAUAA